UCUGCAGCUUUCUGUUCAGAUUUUUUUCUGAUUGGUAACUGAAGGUACUACACUACAGUGAAUGAAUAUUUGAUUAUAAAGUGAAGGACAACGAGCCUCAAAAAAGACUGCUAGAAGCACAAGAAUGUGGCUCAAAAUUCAGAUAUUGCUCUUAUAUUGCAUUGCAAGUGAAGUUUCUAUGGCAAAGCAGCUUGAUUCUAAAAGAAGUUUUCCUGGAGGACUUUACUCUGUAGAAGACAGCGGCUUUGCGAAGUGGAACAGGACUAAAAGGAAUCUGUAUCAGGGAAGGUCCUGCAUGGUACGAGGCUGUUGCACAGGAAGAGAUGAUGACUGCAGCUUUAAUAUCAUCUCCAAAGCAGCUAUAUGUUACUGUGACCAGUACUGUACGUCAGGUUCUCCUGGCCCUGUAGACUGUUGUGCUGACUAUUGGGACGUUUGUGACCACCCUGUUGAGCCCACCAGGUCAGAUGAGCCUUGGCCACCUCCAGCAUCAGGUUGUUAUAAAGACGGCCGAUAUUACGGAGAAGGAACAAUAAUUAAAGACAACUGCAAUUCCUGCAAAUGUUUCAACAGUCUCUGGAAAUGUUCAGCAGAUGUAUGCCUUGUUCGCCAAGACUUAAUUCAGGGCAUCAAUUCUGGAGAUUAUGGAUGGAAAGCUGAGAACUACAGUCAGUUCUGGGGAAUGACAGUGGAAGAAGGUUUCAGAAAGCGCCUGGGUACCUUUCCUCCAUCUCAUUCUUUGCUGAAUAUGAGAGAAGCUCCAGGAAAGUCACUUCCAGAAGAAAAGUUUCCUGCAAUUUUUUCAGCCACUUAUGAGUGGCCUGAGUGGAUUCAUGAUCCUUUGGAUCAACGAAACUGUGGAGCAUCCUGGGCUUUUUCAACCGCAAGUGUUGCGGCAGAUAGAAUAGCAAUUCAUUCCAAGGGUCAGAUCACAGACAACCUGUCUGCUCAGAAUUUGAUCUCUUGUGAUACCAGGAAUCAACAUGGAUGUAAUGGUGGAAGUAUUGAUGGUGCUUGGAGAUAUCUGAAAACACACGGGGUUGUAUCCUAUGCUUGUUAUCCAUCAUUUUGGAACAGUCACCUGGGGCCAACAGCUGAAAAUCACUGUUAUGUGUCAAGCGAAUAUGGAAAAAACUAUACGAAUGGGCCAUGUCCCAACGCUUUAGAAAAAUCCAAUCGGUUAUACCGGUGUGCCUCUCACUACAGGGUCUCCUCAAAAGAAACUGAUAUAAUGAAAGAAAUCAUGGACAAAGGACCAGUGCAAGCUAUAAUGAGAGUGUAUGAAGAUUUUUUCCUUUACAAAGAGGGAAUAUAUCGACACACCCAGAAAGCAGAAUCCAAAUGGAAAACUCAUUCAGUCAAACUCCUUGGAUGGGGGUCAUUACCUGACAAAAAUGGACAGAAACAGAAGUUUUGGAUUGCUGCAAAUUCCUGGGGAAAAUCUUGGGGAGAAAAUGGUUAUUUUAGGAUUCUACGUGGACAAAACGAGUGCGAUAUUGAGAAGCUGAUUUUAGCUACUUUGGGACAGCCAUAGUCUAUCUGUACCAUACACUGAUGUAUCUAUUCUUUCCAUUGUUGCAUGUUGAGUCUUUCUAGAGAAAUAAAAUGUCUUCUCUGUAA